AUGUCAGCAAAACAGGCCCUCAAACCCCAGGUCACACAACUGUACAAAGAACUGCUAUGGAUGGGACGAGAUUAUCCCCAAGGAUACAAAUACUUCCGAGACCGAUGUCAUAAGGUGUUUAAGGCUAAGAGCGGUUUGACGGAUCCCAAGGAGAUUGAAAACGCCAUCAAACUCGGAGAAUAUGUCAAGAAGGAGCUCGAGGCACUCUACUUUCUGAAACGAUACAGAGCCAUGAAACGGGCUUAUUAUGACUAA